AGUUUUGUCUAAUUAAACUCCUUUCAUUUUGAGUCCUUUUCCCCCCUCUUCUUCACAAUUGCUCAAAAGAAAAAUGUUUGCAGAGCCUGAGAUUGAUGAUUAUCAAUUCCCACUUCCAGGGUUCAGAUUCCACCCUACUGAUGAAGAACUCGUCGGAUUUUAUCUCCGGAGAAAGGUCGAUAAAAAGGUGAUCGGUACCGAGCUCAUCAAGUCCAUUGAUAUCUAUAAGCAUAAUCCUUGGGAUCUUCCUAAUGGGAGUAAUAAUUUAGGAGAGAAAGAAUGGUACUUCUUUUGCAAAAGAGGAAAAAAAUACAAGAACAGUAUAAGACCAAAUAGGGUAACAGGAUCAGGAUUUUGGAAAGCAACAGGAAUUGAUAAAGCAAUUUAUAAUGGAUCACAGGGAAGCAAUAUUAUUAUUGGUCUUAAGAAAACUCUUGUUUAUUACAAAGGAAAUGCUGGUAGAGGCACUAAAACUGAGUGGAUGAUGCAUGAAUUUCGUCUUCCUAAUCCUCACAUUACUACUUCUUCUAUCUUUGGAAGAAUCACUACUACUUCUAAUAAACUUCAAGAUGCUGAAAUUUGGACACUGUGUCGAAUAUUCAAAAGAAGUGUUUCAAGUACAAAAUAUGCACCAAAUUGGAGGGAGAUAGCAGGAGGAAAUGGAGGUUCAAUAUUUGGAGAAAUGAAUAAUAAUAAUGCCAAUGCAUAUAGUGAAGAAUGUUAUGAUAAUGAAAGCAAUUACAUAAGCUUCAGCUCUUCCUUAAUUAAUUUUGAGGAAAAAAAGCCUAUAAUCAAUAAUGAUAAUAAUAACAACCAUAAUCCAUUGAUGAUGAUGAUGAAUUUUAGCUCCAUUUCUGAAGAACAAGAAGCUCCUUCCUCAUCUACAAUUGAAGAAUCAUCACCAUCAAGCUACUCAAAUUUUGAUGGAGAUGCAACUGAUCUAUUUGGAUACAAAGAUAGGAACAAGCUUCAAUUACUUAACCAAGAUUUUUCUAAUUUUAUUCAUCAUCAUCCUUGAUUUUCUUCAUCCCAUCAUGUAUUAUGUGUAAAUAAAUUAAAAUCAUCCCCCAAAAUUGGAAGAAGUUUUUGCACUUUUC